UUCUGAAUUUAUAAAAUUUGAAUUUAAUGAUCAACAUUGCCAACAAACAGCAAACAAACAUAACCCGAAAAUGAUAGGCGUAAGCGGUAGUCGACAUAUUGGACGUCGUAGAGGUUCAACAGCAUCAACACAACAACAACAUCGUUUAUCAAUCAUAGAAUCAGAUAUUGGUGAAAAUAGUGAUCGAAGAAAUUCACAACAUCGUGAUUCAAAAGAUGUAUCAGAUGGAUCAGCAGCCGUAAUUAAUCGUAAACAAUCAACAACAAAUGAAUCAAAUCAACCAACAACAACAACAACAACGGCGACAACAACAACAACAAAAUCACCAAAUCAACAACAACAACAACGAAGACAAUCAUCAAGAAUGUCAAUAUCGACUGGUGGUGGUGGAGAAAGUUUUCCGGCAACACGUUUUAGACAACGUCGUCGUGCUGUUGAAAUAUCUGAUCAACGUACAUGUGCAUUAUUACAUUCAAGAUUAAAAGGAAUGAAAUUAGAAGAUAUUGCGUAA